GCACUUUCUGAUCAAUUGCUCUUCUUCUAUUGCAGAUUGACAAUUUUCUUUUUUUAAAUCUUUGUUUUUACGCAAUAAGAUAUUUUCGAUUGAAUGUAUUAUCAUAAUAAUCUAAAUGUGACUUUACCCUAGUGAGGACUGGUAAGGACUGAGGACGCUAGUGAUAGUGCACAGAGCUGACAGAGCAACACAGAGUUUUUUACGUUGCACAAACCAGUGCAAAUUUCCAUAAACUCACGAAAUUAUCUUCAAUAAGAUUUUAUUUAUAAGUUGUCUAUAAUUCUUUAUAUACAUCUCUUAAUAGAUUAAAAUAUAUUUAUAUUGCCAUAAAAGCAAUUGUUCAUGUAUUAAAUUAAUAAUCAAAAGAAUGUUUAUUGCUUUUUAUUAACAUGGAAGUUGCUAAUAACAUUGAAACCAUCGAUGAGAGUACGGAUGAAAAUACAAUGAACGACGAAGCUAUUGGUGUUGUUUUGGAAGAGGCAGAAAUAGUGGAUUGUGAUGCUGAAGUAGAAGCUGACGAUGACAACGUACAGUAUCAUCUGUAUGCGAUAAACAGAGGUGACAAUACAGUGGCAUAUAAAGUUAUGCAAGUCAGCAACAAUCAUAGAGAGAACAAUGAGGUUUCGAUAGCCACUCCUGUAAACAAUACUGUACAGGUUUUGGCCUCUCCGUUAAAUGGACAAUUCUAUGUACUCAGCAAUGGCAAUGAUGUUGUAACGUCGGAGUCUGCAAGAGCAGUCACACCACGUGUAACCAAACUGCAGAUAGAAGGGUCUCAGAAUAUUAUCACAAAUGUAAAAAAAAGGGAUGAAAGACGAAGAGUAACACACAAUGAAGUUGAAAGACGUAGAAGGGAUAAAAUUAACAAUUGGAUUUCUAAAUUAGGGAAGCUCUUGGCAGAUUGUGAGCAAAAUGUCAAUAAAGAAGGAGAUGCAAAAGCGAAUUUUGAACCACAAAGCAAAGGAGGUAUACUAGCUCGAGCUUGUGAGUACAUUACAGAAUUAAGAGAAACUCAAGAAAAACUAUCGCAGAGUAUGGAUGAAAAUGCACAAUUGAUAGAAGAAGCUAAGACUCUUCGACAAGUUGUAAGUCAAUUGAGAGAUGAAAAUUCAAAAUUAAAAAUCCAAAUUUCAAAGCAGGGCAAUACAUUUAUACUUGGUACUUAGAUUAGAAUUAACAUUGAACAGAGCAAAAUCGUUUUAUUAGUGUUAUCUUUUGUCAGUAUAAAUAUAUCUUUUUUUUAUCACAUUAUACAAAAAAAUAAUAAGAAAGAAAACAUGAAUAAAGUGUAAUAGUUACAAAAUGUUUAUUUACAUAUAUAUGUGUAGCUCAGGAUAUAUAUAUAUAUAUAUAUAUAUAUAUAUAUAUAUAUAUACCUAUGUGUAUAUAUUAUAUAUAUACACACACACACACCCACACACACACACACAUAUUUAUAAUUCCAAAAUAAUGACAAUCAUCAUAUAACAUUCUACUGUACAUAUCAUAAACAAUAAUUAUUUAUAAUAUGAACAAUUUAUCUCGCAAUGACAAUUCAUCAGCGAAAUCAUUAAAUUAGAGAGAUAUACAAAUAUACAAAACGAUAUCAGUUGAAUCAACAAUUAACUAUACGCGAACGUCAGAUAUAUUGCUUAAUGGUAGAGUUCACUUAAUUGCUACAAAAAAUGUGUUAAAGUUGUUUUUUCUAAUGAAUAGAUCUAUGUUAUUUACAUUUGCAAAAUACAUUUAUAUAUAUAUAUAUAUAUAUAUAUAUAUAUAUAUAUAUAUAUAUAUACAGAAAACAGAGCAAUACAUAUGAUAUCUCUGUGCCUUUUUUUCUUAAAUCAUUAGUGUAGAUAGAGAUCUCGCUACAAAAAACUGAACUUCGCUUUUCUUUUGUCGUCAGAGUAUGUAUGUUUUAUGGUUAUCGAUAUUAAAUCUCAGGGAAAAUAUAUACGUUUAUAUAAACGCGUUAUGUGUACAUAACAGCUUAAAUUAUCAUAAUAGUAACGCUUAGUACAAUACUUAUUGCUUCAAAGCGCAUUUCCUUAAGUUUUGUGCAGAUUCUGCUUGACGAUUUUCAAAAGUAACAGUUUCUAACGGGGAUAGAUAGUACCCUCCAAAAUAUAAAUUAAUCAAUCAGUGUAAGAUAUGUAAUUCACUUGCCAAUAUAUAGGAGUUUAUGAGUGCGAGGUACGAAUUUUCACGUAUUUCGAUUACUUGUCUGUCGUGAAAUCGCAAGUAUAAUUCUCUAUUGAAUGUGAAAAGUUAUGUUUAAUCGUGCAUUAUUCGAUAUUGCGCCCGAAGACAACACAAACGUCAUUGAAAAAUGCUUGUAAAACAAUUUAAAAGACGUUUCUUGAACAUCCAAGAAAUGUUUUUUAUAGACUUUCAUGUUGUUCGGGAUAUCCUGACUACAUAUCCUUUCUAUAACGAGUUAAUCUGUUUCUUAUACUUACAUUGGCCGUUAUUAAAGCAGUCCAAGUGUAUAAUAGCAAUACUUAUAAGAAAAUCACAUUCAAGAACCAAUAAGUAGUCUUUCCUAUAAAAAUAACUCUGAAAUGAGUUGGGUCCAGCAACAAAUUGCGUCUCUCCUAAAUCUAAACAUCAACAGGCUAAUGAUCUCUCUGUACAGUAGGAAUCUUGAUCCAUUUUAUCAUUAUAUUGUCCUCGUCGUAUAUAGUAAUUAUGCGUUGUCUCGAAAAACAAAUAAAAAUAUAUCUUUCAGUAUGUUAUACAAAACGUAAUAUCUCUUCUCGCCCAGAACCGUGUCACACAGUCGCUCACACAAACGUCAAAAAGACAAAAUAUUGCGUUUUAGUCUUUCGAAAUAGAGAAAAUCUGGAAUACUGAUCUCCUUUUCUAUUAAAGAUCAGGCCAAAUAAUUCUAACGAACGAAGACGUAUUUCUUUAAACUUAUUGGCAGUGUUAGAAACUUUCAGGAUCCGCGAUUAAAUUGUUGAAAUUGGUAGAUCGAACAUUUUGCCAAGAGACUGCAUACAUAUAUGCAUAUCAUUAUAACACAGAAAGUCUUCUAUUGGGCUAACUGAUUCUCUUUUCUGUACAAAUAGAAAAACUUGAAAGAUCUUCUCUCGAUCAUCAUUUUUUCCCUCUUUUCUUUUUUUUUUUUUUUAGAAGUUUGUCGCUUCGUGUCGCAGUCGAAUAAGGAGGCGUGAAUAUUGUGAAUAUUUAAUCUAUCGCAUUUUUUAUAUCUGUAUAAUACUGCUGCUAUGUUAUUUUGCGAAAACAAAAUUUUUUCUCUUUUUUUUCGCUCUUGUUUCAUCUUUUCAUCUUUCUUUUCUAUUUACUCGCUGAUCAUAACUUCGUACAAACUACUGAUGAGUAUUAUAAUUAUAAUGCGAAAUAACGAACAUUAGUUAGGCAGUAAGUUACCUUGUAUAGCUCACUGGAGAUUUCUUCUAAGAAAUACAUCUACGUUUUCGUUGAGAGAAAAGUGAUGUGCGGAAUCGGCCAAUCAAAAUUGCGAAAUUAAUCAAUACGGAUUUCCUGAUUGAACUUGCUAACACAUGCGCAAAAUUGAACAUGAUAUUACAAAUGAUGAGUUUUCUCGUUGCAUCUCUCUUACAUAAAAUUAAUCGACAACAAUCUCUUGAAAUAAUCAAAUGAUUUUAACAAAGUUUAUGUGACGAAUUCAACUUAAAAAUUUCUUAAUCGAUCCCGUCGCAUUUCUCUCUCAAGAUUACAACCGGUUUCCUUCUGAAGAAACAUCUCGGUCGUCAGUCUUUCGAUUAUAAUAAAAAAUACAGCCAUUUGAUACGUACCAUCCAUAGCCGUUCGAUCCAAAAAACGAUUGCGCGUGUAACAAUACAUAUCUAUUAUGGUUCAUCGGCGUUUAUCAUCAAUUCGCGAUGUAAAGAGUGACUAGUACUUUCUCUUUAGUACCUUAAAAGCCCGCUAUUGACUAUAUAUUCACUAUUUACUUCUCUAGUUCUCUAAUCUAUCCGCGUGUCUACUAUUAUUAACGAUAGUUUCUAGUGUCAAGCAUCUACAAAAUCGAUUAAACAUUUCUCUCUUGGCUUAUAACAAAUUUCUUUCUUCAGGGAAACGUCUUUCUGGAUAGUGGUUCUCGAACUGAAGAUUGACAACGUCACAUCGAGAACAAAAUCAUAUCAAAGAUGAUCGAACAUUAGUUUCAAACCUGACACAGUUAGGGAACCACUAAUUCAAAGCGUCACAAAGACAUUCCUGAUUCAGAUUAUAGACAUAAUGCGAAUCAUUAAUGAGCGAUUUCAUUAAUUUAUCGUAUAUGCAUCUGCAAAUAUCUAAUUUGAAUAAUGAUACUAUUUGUUUGAUAGAGAAGCAGGAUUGGGAAGUAACACAACAAGUUAUUUGUAAUGCCAUUACCGUUAUAGUUUUUCUAUUUAUUCUUUUUGGUAAUGGUGUUACAAAUUUUAUUUAUAAUGGGAAAAGUAACUUCGUUAUAUUUUUUUGUAACAAGUAACGAAUUUAACAGUUAUUUUUAUUGUUACUUUUUUCGAAUUUAUUUGGUACAAUUUUCAUAUAAAAAAAUAUAAGAGUGUUGAAACGCAGCAUUACAUAAAAACUACUAGAAGUUCUUUUUUGGUAUCUUGUUUCGUUCUACUUUUGUAAAGCAUAAAAGUAGCAUGUAUAAAAUAAUGUUUGAAAAUUUUUAGUGUUUAAUUUGAUCUUGUUUUUAAAAAGAAUUGUAUGUAAAACUUGUAAUAUAUAUAUAUAUAUAUAUAUAUAUAUAUAUA